CACUCAUACUCCAAGGAAACAUAGUUCUAAGUAUCAGUGAGAUCUCCAUUUGCGGCAAUGUCUACUCCUGGCGCCCAAGAAGUUCUUUUCCGUACUGGAAUUGCGGCGGUUAACUCGACCAACCACCUCCGUGUCUACUUCCAGGACUCUCACGGUAGCAUUCGCGAGAGUCUCUAUGAAAGUAAAUGGGCCAACGGCACGGCAAAGAAUGUCAUCACUAAAGCAAAGCUUGGUACCCCUCUCGCUGCGACAUCCAAGGAGCUGAACAAUAUCCGUGUCUACAGUCUUACCGAAGACAACAUCCUUCAGGAAGCUGCCUACGAUAGCGGCAAAGGAUGGUACAAUGGUGCGCUAGCUGGCGCCAAGUUCACUGUUGCCCCUUACUCCCGAAUCGGAGCUGUCUUUCUGGCAGGAACUAAUGAUUUGCAUUUGCGUAUCUAUGCCCAGAAGACCGAUAACACGAUCCAGGAGUAUAUGUGGAAUGGAGACGGCUGGAAAGAAGGCACAAACCUUGGAGCUGCGCUUCCUGGCACUGGUAUCGGAGCUACUUGUUGGCGUUACACCGACUACAAUGGUCCAAGCAUUAGGAUCUGGUUCCAAACCGAUGACUUGAAGCUUGUCCAGCGGGCAUAUGACCCUCAUACUGGAUGGUACAAGGAACUGUACACCAUCUUUGACAAGGCGCCUCCUCGCUGCGCAAUCGCAGCCACAAACUUCGACCCCGGCAAAAGCAGCAUCCACAUGCGGAUCUAUUUUGUCAACUCUGACAACACUAUCUGGCAAGUGUGUUGGGAUCAUGGCAAAGGAUAUCAUAACAAGGGAACCAUUACACCAGUCAUCCAAGGUUCGGAAAUUGCGAUCAUCAGCUGGGAAGGGCCGGAGCUGCGUAUGUACUUCCAAAAUGGCACAUAUGUCAGUGCUAUUAGCGAGUGGACCUGGGGCAAAGCGCACGGUUCACAGCUGGGUCGCCGGGCGCUUCCUCCAGCUGAGUAGACCUUUCGUUGGGCACAGGAGGCAAUCGGCCAUAUUCAGCUCUGUCUACUACCGAACACAUGCUUGUCUGAAGAAUACAAAAUGGUCAACUAACCUCCAUGUACAUACCAGCUACUCCUUAGCUUGAACAGUACAUUGAUACUAUCACACUCUAAGUUGUUACCGGGUCGGACGGGUGUCACAAUAUAUCAUUGUUGUCGUUAACAAAAUGCUAGUCAAAUUGUACUCGUCUGACAUCA